AUGGAAUGCAAAGUAAAAGAUUUGAUAGAAAAAUUAGAAGAAACACCCAAAGACUUUGAAAGACACGUAAAUAAUAUAAAAACACAAUACAAAAAUCAUAGAGAGUGUAUAGAUGAAGACGAAAUAGCACUUCAUAUAGAUUUCAGUGGAAACAACAGUUGUAAGCAGCACGAAGAAAUACAACUGCUUCAUUUUGGUGGGUAG